CUGAUUUGGCGGGUAAUUAGUGCACUCUCCCGUGAUGCCACCCUGACAUGUCUCGGGAUUCUCCUCUUGUCUGCUUUGCUCCUUUGGGAGCCGUUUUGUUAGUUUAACCUUCGUUUUCUCUUGUUUAUUAGUUUAGUUUGGUUUGUUUAGUCUUCUUCCAUCGCUUUCCAAGGGAUUUGACGCGAUGACUUUCACGAGGGGCUUAACUUUGAUUAUUCUGUGAGCUUGUACGGAUCCGGAUUAGCUCGUCAACUAUAGGGGGUUCACGAAGCCUUUGAUUGUUCUGUUUAAUUCGUACGGAUCAGGAUUAACUAUUUGCUCGCCGCGGGUCGUUAUUGUUCAGCUUCGUUUUUUUUAAAAAUAAAUUAUGUUGUGCUGGCAUUUACGGUGGCGAAUUUGGGAUCAUUUCUUUUUUGAUAGCUGGGUUCUUUUCUGUUGCCAUGAGCAUAGGAAUUGUUGAGUACCUUUCCGUCAGUCUGUGACUGAGGUGUGAGCUGAGCUGUGCCUUUUUAGCUUAUGUACACGUUCCUGUCCGACAUCCUUUUCUCGAGCAAAACCGGACGCGUUUCUGUGCUGUUGAUUAGAGGGUUUCGUGAAGCAUUCAAAAGAACCUUUUGUGUCUGCACGAGCAUUACGUCGGACGGAAGGGCGUGAUAUCCUGUAGGAAAACCAAUUUCUAUCUGGCAAGUUUCUUACCGGAGAAAGUAUAGACAAACUUUUCUAUCUUAGCAGAAAGAAAAAAGAAGUAAACAAAAAAAAUUGGUUGUAAUCAUGGUUUAAUUUUCAGUUUCUGCCCGUGAUGGCCUGCUUUACUAGCUGGCAGCAGUGUCGGCUUCGAGUGUGCAUAUCCAACCACCCAUCCAUCCGUGUUGACUCAUCCACGUGGAAUUUACUGAAUAGUUUGGCAAUUGAGGAAUGCUGUUGUGGAAUCUUCCUGGCAUGGUGACUCUGCGGUAGAGGAUUUGACACAGACGGACUGAGACUCUGCUUUGCACCGACAGCUGCCUGCCAACCUCCUGCUUUCAAUUCUGCAUUUCUGCUGCCAUGUACCUAGAGCCGUAGAGCGCGCAUUGUUGGAACACAGUUUCAUUGUUAUUUUACUGAUUGAAGUUCAGCAGGAACGCUGUUUGAUGAGUCGUACUUUAAGGUCUGCACAUUUAUAUAUGUGGAAAUUCUUAGCACCUCACCCACAGAUGGUAGAUCUUGAAAACUGGUCCUUAUUUGUUGCUAUUCUGCCAAUCACUUUUAAUGCGUACGUGAUGCACCUUUAUAGCUGGAUUUCCUCACAGCGUGUGGCUGCUGUAGCAUACAGCCAUUAGCCCUAGAUUUGGAGCCAUGUUAUGGUGCUUCUUCAUAGCAUUUGUCGAUGUCAAUAAUUACGGUUUGCUCCUUGGAAAAAAUUGGCAUUGUGGAGAUAAGUCUUUGCUGAAUUGCCAUCAUGUGACUGUUACUGGGAGACAUAAGUACAAUGUUCCAUGUUUUUCUGCUAUGCCAAAAGUUUUUUUUUUCUCGGAAAACGCAGGAGAGCUGCGCAUCAUUAUAUUAAGAAGGAGGGGGUAGGAAACCCCAGGUGAUACAGUUUAGGGCCUGUACCAACCCAAACAAGGAAAAACCCCGAAAAACUAUUACAAAAACACUACAAAGCGGGGCCUGACCAACUAGGGCUAAAAACUAGAACUUAUGCCACAUGAGAUCCGAGGGCGAGGAGGUGUGACACUCCUCGAGCCCCGGCAAAAGACCACUGAUGCAGUUCUUCCCUGAUACCCAAAAUAACACAAGAGACACUAGGUGUAAUCCCGUCGAAGACACAGCGGUUGCGGUGCUUCCAGAUGGUCCAUGCUCCCAAAAUAAAUAUGGAGUCCAAUCCUUUUUUAACUAGACCAUCAACUUUAGUAUUGACAUCCAUCCACCACUCGAAGAAGGAUAGAUUGUUCUGUGGGGCCAAGGUUUGCAGGUUGAACAUUUGCAAUACUCCGAACCAAACCUGUCGGGAGAAAACACAUGCCACUAGCAGGUGGUCAGCAGUUUCUUCAACCUGAUCGCAAAGAGGACAGGCUGCCGGGUGGGGGAGGCCCUUUCUGGUUAUGCGAUCGGCUGUCCAAAUUCUGUUAAGAGCAGCCGUCCAUAGAAAGAAUUUGCACUUGCCUGGUGCCCAGCUCUUCCAAAUCUGUUUCCAAGGGCCAAAUCCAGUAGCUCCAAUGGAUAGAGCUUCAUAAGCUGAUUUAGUAGUGUACUGACCAGUAGCAGAAAAUUGCCACACGUGCACAUCGUCCACUUCUGUUUGCAAGGAAAAAUUAGAGAGGACCUCCCAUAACUCAAGGUAUUCAGCUAGGACUUCUAGUGUGAGUGCUCCUUUUAUGUCAGUGAUCCAUCUUGCAGCUGUUAAUGCGUCAAAAACCGAUCUUUUCCGAGCUCUCGGGGCUAUCGCAGCAAACAGGUGAGGCACCAGCUGGUCCAACCUUUGCCCAUGCAGCCAUCUAUCCGACCAAAAACAAGUAUUUUUCCCAUUACCUACCUCAGAAACAAUGGCCACCGAGAAGAAAGCCCUAACCUGCUUUGGAGCCUGGAUGGGGGAGAAAUUCCAAACCUUAUUGGGUUCCGUUUUUUGCAACCAAAGCCAGCGCAAAUUGAGAGCCCAACUGAGUUGCUGCAGAUUUGAAAUGCCAAGGCCACCGAGUUCAAUAGACCUUGUCACUUUGGGCCAAGCAAUGAGACAGUGCCCUCCUCUAACAUCUUUUCGACCCUUCCACAGAAACCCUCUUCUACACUUAUCAAUUGCCUUCAAAGCCCAUGGAGGAAGGUUUAAAGCCAUAAGCAAAUAGAUUGUCAUGGAGGUUCUUGCAUUUGGAUCGGUUCCACUUAAGACUUAUCUUCCUGAUGGGGAUAUCGAUCUUACUGUCCUUGGAAAUACAUCUUAUGAUAGUACUUUGGUUAAUGAUGUUUCCUGCAUCCUUGAGUCUGAGGAGCAGAACAGUGAUGCUGAAUUUGUAGUGAAGGACUUGGAACAAAUCAAUGCUGAGGUCAGGCUUGUUAAAUGCACUAUUGGAAAUAUUAUAGUUGAUAUCUCAUUCAAUCAAACUGGCGGGAUCUGCGCACUCUGCUUCCUUGAGCUGGUUGAUCGUAAAGUUGGUAAGAACCAUCUAGUUAAAAGGAGCAUCAUAUUGAUCAAGGCAUGGUGCUAUUAUGAAAGUCGCCUACUAGGAGCUCAACAUGGACUAAUAUCCACAUAUGCGCUGGAAGUACUUAUCCUUUACAUAUUCAAUCUAUUUCACAAAUCUCUCCACAGCCCUCUGGAGGUUCUUUAUAGGUUUCUGGAAUAUUUUAGCAAGUUUGACUGGGACAACUAUUGCAUAAGUUUAAAUGGCCCUGUUGCUUUGUCAUCUUUGCCAAACUUAAUUGUUGAAGCUACAGUUACACGUAUUGAUGACUUACUGUUUGACAAAGAGUUCCUUAAGAGCUCAGUGGAUAAAGCAACUGUACCUCCAAGAAGUUCUGAUGCAUGCUAUACGAGAUUUCGUCCGAAACAUCUAAACAUAAUUGAUCCACUGAAGGAGUGCAACAAUCUUGGCAGAAGUGUGAACAGAGCUAGCUUUCAUCGUAUUCGAACAGCUUUCUUAUAUGGUGCUCGAAAGCUUGGCCAUAUCCUCAUGUUACCACCAGAAGUUAUUCCUGAUGAAGUUUACGGUUUUUUCAAAACCACUUUGGGAAGGAAUGGAAGUGGGGUAAGACCAGAUACUGGCAGCAAUGGUGCAUUUCAUGCUUCCUUUGGUACUGGUGAGGCUCUUUUGGAAGAUAUAUAUAGUAUGAAUAUCUCUUAUGAUGAACAGCAUGAGAACACAAUUUCUUAUCAUCUUUCAAAGAGCUUGGGUGAUAAGAACUUACAUUUUGGAAAGAAUGGACCUACACAUUUAAAUAGUUCUUUUCCAAGGGUCCACAACACUGCAUUAAGUACUGGUUUAAGUACGAGGUCAUCCAAUUCUGUCUGUCAUGCACCCGAACAAAAUUCAUCAUUUUACCAAAGUAACGGUCACGCUGGCAGUAGAAAUUGUUACUCCAACCAUGAAGUGGAGCAGGUAUGUCACUAUACUGCCAAAGCCUUCCACAUGGAUGAUAGGCCAUCAAUACAGUCACAAGUUCCUGUGGAAAAACAAGAUCUUCGUCCUCCACCAUUGAGCUUGCCUGAUCUAUCAGGGGAUUUGGAUUCACAAUUUAGAUGCCUGCGCCAAGUUCAGUACCACCUCGAAUACUUGUUUGAUGGGUUUUUGCAGUCUGUUCACGAAGCAUCUUCUGCUGAUAUGUUUCGCAAUCACAUUCCUGCCCAUAGUGUCUUGUUCAACAGCGAUGCAGGAAUGCCAAGGCUACUAUUGCCUUCAUCUGCUAAAAGCAAUGGAGGGAAUACAUCUCCUGUUUUUUGUUCUCGGAGCACGGAAUAUGUUUCACAGCAUUUACAGAAUGAGAACCCGUUGGACAGGACUUGGCAGAAGAACGUUUCAUUGCCCUCUGGAACAAAUUUUUCAUCCAACGGACUCUCACCAUCUUCUUCUAAUGCUGAUUCAGAGGUUUCUUCUGUUUCAUGGUGUUGUAGCUCUGAGGAUAGUGCUGAGAUGCAUGGAAGCGGAACCGACAUGCACUUUUCAAUAAAGAGAUAUGAUAUUCACAAAGAGCGAUUGGUGCCUUCAACAGAGAAUGGGAAAACACUGUCAAAUCAACCAUUGAGGUUUGAAAGCAACCACAGCUCAGGCACAGGAGCAAGAUUUGUGUCUCCCAGGGAGCAAGUUGCACAAGAUGCUAGAACCAAGGAACUACCAAUAGGUCAAGCAUUGAAGAUACAAGGAUACGUUCGAUCAGAUAGGAAAAUUGUCGAAAAGCUCAAUUUUCAUACUCAAAAGAAAUUUGUUCGACACGAAGAUGAAGCAAGGCAUGUACCAAAGUACUGCCAGGAUUUAUGCUCGAACAAGAACUUUUUGCAAAAGCAAUAUGAUACUGACAUGGAGUCUACACCAGCUCCCAGUGCAAUGAAUCAGAUGCCAAAACAUCAAUCAUUUAACAUUCCAAAUACUACAAAGUGUGCUGGAGCUAGCCUAUGCAAGAACUUGCCCAUAAAGCAGAGAUUUGGCACUAGCAAAGAGCAUGAGAUAUUUGAUUGGCCGACAAAGCAAAGACCGAUUUGCGAGCCAUUGAAUCUGGAAAACAGACGAAGUGGCUGGGAUUGCUCAAAGAAGAUAUCAGCUGGAAAACAAAAUUGUUAUAACCACAAGGAGCACCUGCCUUUUGUAGGAGGCACAGGGGACAUGCCAUGUAGCAAUGCAGUAAACUCUCCAAAUGGUUUAGAAAGGGAGAUUAAUUCAAACAAUCUCGUUGAAAAUGGAAGUCGCCUAAGGCCACUGCUGCCAGAGGUGUUACUUUCUUGUCAUAACAUCAAUAGCCAAGAGAUGCCUCCAGUAUCUAAUACUUCUCAAUCAUACUUCCCUGUUGCAAAUGGUCAACCAUUGGAGACUAUUGAGUUUGGAUCUUUGGGCCCUUUUGCAUUGAAAUCAAACAGAACUACUAACACACAAACUGCCAUUACAGAUGCCCCUCCAUUGGUGUUACAGAGGUAUAGAGCUGCCACAACCGAAAACAGGCCCCCAGGAUCUUGCAAAGUGGGUGAUGAAGAUGAAUUCCCACCUCUUAGUGCUGGGAUCCGAAUUUUCAUGGGAGCAUAGAUACGAGGAUUGCGAGUGGCAUAGUAUACUCUACCUUGUCAAAUUUACUUUCAUGUCAGUAGUUACACCGAAGAACGUUUAUACAGUUAUGUUCAGCACAGCUUAGCAGGAUAAAAAAAAUCAGGUAAAGUACUUGGGAGUU